CGGAGGGACUAUAGGCGAGAACUCAGUGCAAUUUCGUCCUUGAAACACCAAGGCGACGGAUAGAAGAAACGCGUCUUCUGUCCUCUCCCUCCCACGUGAGUACUGAGUACGUUCUCGAGAGUCUUCUUCAAUCUUCACCCACACAGUGUAGUUACUAUUUGGAAUUAUAAUCAUAGGCCCUUUGAAGGUUGAAAAAUUGAAUAUGGUGAGGGCGGUUGAUUGUUCUGAGUGCCCGGGUUUGCGUGGAAUCUUAGUUGUUGAAGCUUAUCCAAAGGGGUACUCUUCCAAAAUCCCAUCUGAUUUGGUCCUUUUCUUGGGCCUUGGAUUCAUAGAUUGGUAAUAUUCGGUUUUGUUCAUUGAUACCUAUAUUUAUAUUGGAGAUACAAAAGGAGGGGAAAUCUGAGAUCCAGAGAUAUAUGUUUCUAUAGGAUUUUCAAGAAACGGCAGUGGUUUCAAUAGGUUCGAUUCGGUACUCCCCCACCUGUUUGUUUAAAGGGUGUAAGGAGAUUCUUGAAUCAGGGAUGUAUCUGCUCUUUUCCAUCUUUCCCUAGUUUUCUUUUUCCCUUUUUAUUAAUCUGGGUAGAAACACAUGCUUUCUCACCAUCUUUGUUGGUCCUUGUUUUUAAUAGUAGCAGUUGUAGUUUAAUCAUCCGUAAAUCUCACUCUAGUUUGAGAGGGGAAAAGAAAAGAAAAUUAAAAAAAGACCCAGGCAUGGUGUUAUACAACCUAUUGAUUGUGGAUUAUUUCAAUUCGGGAGUAGUGGUGGCUGUGGAGGCAGAUGAAGUCCGGGAAGCUGUGAUUUAAAGAUUAGCCUUUAACUAGGCAGCUGAUCUUCAAUUACGGUUGAUAAUAAUAGCUGAUGAGAUGGGUGGGGAUAUUCUUCUCACAGCCCUGUCAAUGGAGAAUCACUGUCACCCUUCGACCCUCUUGUCCAUGGAUUCCAGUGCCUCCUCUUCGCACGAUGAUCUAGAACUCGAAAUGAACCGCCAGGUCAUCAUAACCCGUCCACCCGACAUCAAUUUACCUCUAUCAGCCGAGCAGAGCCCUCCUCCGCACCCAUUGUGGAACCUCGAACAACAACAAUGUGAGAUUCUAGACGUCGGGUUGGGAACCCAAACAUAUGAAACCACUGAAAGCUUCCUGAAUGUGGUGCCAAAAAUGGUGGUGGGUCGGAAAUGCGCAAAACGAGUUGAUAGCAUCUGGGGCGCCUGGUUCUUCUUCAGCUUUUACUUCAGGCCGGUUCUCAGCGAGAAGUCAAAAGCGAAAGUCGUGCGGGACAGUAAUGGGGUUUCCGGCUUUGAUAAGUCCGACCUCCAACUGGACGUGUUCAUGGUCCAGCACGACAUGGAGAACAUGUACAUGUGGGUGUUCAAGGAAAGGCCAGAGAACGCGCUGGGCAAGAUGCAACUGCGGAGCUACAUGAACGGACAUUCCCGCCAAGGAGAGCGUCCUUUUCCGUUCAGCGUCGACAAAGGCUUUGUGCGGUCCCAUCGGAUGCAGAGGAAGCAUUACAGGGGACUGUCGAACCCCCAGUGUGUCCACGGGGUUGAGGUCGUCCACUCGCCAAAUCUUAUGGCUGUCCUAGACGAAGAGGAUCAGAAGAGAUGGGUGGAGCUCACGGGACGGGACCUUGACUUCACCAUCCCUCCCGAAGCAAGUGAUUAUGGUUCAUGGAGAAACUUGCCAAACACCGAGUUUGAGCUUGAACGGCCCAACCAGCAGCCUCCUUCGAAUACUAAGUCUAAGAAAUUGUUGCAGUCACUCAGAUGCUCCUCUGUUCUUAACCUGGCUACUGCUACUCAACCGCCUUUGAACCACACUAACGGUGAUGCCAUGGAUAUUUCACCUGACAGCAGCAGCAAGAGGAAAAAGGACAUGUUGUUACCCCAAGAUGUAUGUUAUCUGCCUGAAUCCUCUGAUCAGAUGACGGUGGCUGACUUGGAAGUGGGUCACCACCCGCACUGGUUGGAUGAAUUUAGUGGGGUUAUGCGCGGUGUGUAUGGGCCCGUCACGGGUGCAAAAAGCAUUUAUGAAGAUUGCGAAGGGUAUUUGGUCCUAAUCAGUCUCCCGUUUGUGGAUCCUCAGAGGGUGAAAGUUUCGUGGAGGAACACACCUACACGCGGCAUAGUCAAGGUAACUUGCACGAGUGUAUCUUGCAUGCCGUUCAUCAAGAGGCAGAAAAGGAUGUUCAAGCUUACGGACUUGUCUGCUGAACACUGCCCUCCGGGAGAGUUUGUGAGGGAAAUCCCACUUUCUACCCGAAUCCCUGAAGAUGCUAACAUAGAAGCUUACUUUGAUGCUUCGGGGACGGUGCUUGAGAUUCUGGUGCCUAAGCUUCAAGAAGGAUCGGAAGAACAUGAAGUGCGGGUUUGCCUUCAUCCCCACCUUGGUGGCAAUGAUCUUAUUUUGAACUAGAGUGAAGAAGUGCAUACCUUCAAGGCUUCAAGCAAAGAAAGGGUGCCAGUCCCUUGAUUCAUUGUUGCUAAGCACCUGCUGCUAUUAUUGUUAUUAUUACAAUUAUAGUUAUAAUCGCUGUUGUUAUUCUAUUCUUAUUCUUCUUCUUAUUAUUAUUAUUAUUAUUACUUUUAUUAGCAUAAAUAAAUUAAUAAAACACAUGUAUAAGAAGCUGUACAUGCAAGCUGUGUAAUAUUCCAGUUUCACACCUUAGACGGUAGGCAACUCUGCCUAAAACAGAGUUCUAGUUGCUGCUGAAAUAUGAUUUGUUUUUAGUUUGUGGGUGAAUGGAGUCUAUUCUUGCCAUUUCAAUACGGAGUAUGUGCAUGGGUUUUUCCUUCCCUAUGCC